AAUCAAGUUAACUUUGUUUGAAUCAAGGGGUUUCCCUUAUAUCUAUAUUUAGAUCUCGAACAUGAUUGGCGCAUGGAAACGUAAUCAAAGAGAAACGAGCCAACCACGAAUAAAAACAUAAUUCAGGGAAAACUUUUGUUAUGUGUUCAGGUUGCUUUCAAAACAAAAAAAUUAUUUAACAUGGCGACUGAGGAAGACAUACAUGAUAUGCUAAAAACUUACAAAUAUAAUAAAAAAUAUACGACCAAAAAUAUCAUUUUAAGAAAAGAGAUCACAAGGUAGCAAUGAGACCAACCGAAGGUCCUUCCUCUAGUGUCUUCGAAGUUGAAAUUUCGCCAUCAGAAUUUUUCCAAGAUCUUGGUGUGAUGGUAAUUGAAGGUCGUGUGCCAGAACUUACUGCCAGUGGAAGACGAACUGGCAUUCACUCAUGGCCAUUAACCAACAACUCAAAAAAGAGUUGCUGUUUUAAAACAAAUAUUCAAGAGGAGCUGUGUUUAUUAGUUGAAAACACGCGUUCAAAGAUCUUAUCGUUUCUUCCAACACAAAGUAUAGUUAUUGAUGUAUUUGGUAGUCCUGAACCGUUAGAAGACAAUGACAUGCAAAAGAAACAAAAUAGAAUUUACAUAGAUAAAGCUAAGAAGCCUAAUAUGAUUUUAUUGGAAAAAUGGAAAAUAACAAUCAAGGAAAAAAGGGAAUCGAGCACCUAUGUAAAUGUAAACAUGGUACUACAAGCGGUGAGAUCCUACCUUCAUUUCUCACAAUUGAGUGCAUGGUGGAAUUCUAGUUGUGGAAGAUUUCCUUCACAAAUAUACUAUAGAAUUUCACAUGAUUCCAAUGAAGAGUUUCUUACAAAAUCAAAUCUGCAUUAUUUUCCAUGGACUGAAAUUUCUAAAUCUCAAUCAAUGCAAAUAACUGUAUAUUCAUUACCAAGGAUGGAAAUAAUGGAUCUAUCAUUCAUCUUAAAUCAGGAAAAGAAUUUAUUAACCCUUAGUGAAAGUCAACAUUUAAAUAAUCAGUGGAAUUUAAAAUUUAAAACUUCAAAAAAAAUCAUCAGAAGUAACUUGGUUAGUUCAUCAUCAGAAAAGGAGUCAAAUAUGAAUCAAAAUCCAACAGUUUUAUGCGGUGGAAGAUUUAGUAAGAGGAAAGAUGAUGAGAUUGAUAAGUAUUUUUCUAACCAUCUGCGUUCUUCAAAUUGCCAGACAACCUCCUACGUUGGAGAGAAAAUUAUAAAACUUGAUAAAAAAUAUGAAGACUUUGUUAAUCCUGGCAAAACUGCUCCUUCUAAGUUAAUUUCAAAUCAAGACGAAAAAGCAGAAAGUUUAUCUGCUCUUCUAGAAAAACAACAAACAAAAAAUCAAGAUGUCAAAGAUAUAAAUAAUGGCUUGGAAGACUUGUUGCAGAAUUUUAUUCUUAAUAAACCUGAUGCGAUUGAUGAUUUUUCUGACGAUGAAGAUGAAGAUGGCGCGAGUGAUUCUAAUACGUGUAAAAAUGUCCUACAGCAAUUUUCAAUAGAGGAUACAACUCCACCAAGAAAUGUUAAAAAUGAUAUGGUUGAUAAUAAUCUUAAAGCAUGUCCACGUUUAAGAUGUAAAUCUGCUUCUCCAAGUUUUAUUUUUAAAAAACAAGCUGAUACAAAACCAUCCUUGGAAUCGAAACCAGUAGCUGCUAGACGAUUAGCAAUGGUUUCAGGAACCGUGCCAAUAUUUAAUGCAAAAACUGGAUUGCCCAUGUCAUCUAGUCCGGCACCUAUAAAAAGACCAAGAAAAAUCAGCGAGGCAAGUUUUGAAAACAGCUUAUCAAGAAGUGGCUCCUAUGAUGAUUUAAAACCCACUUGUUCUGGAUUAAGCAAAAGUGCUCCACCAACAACUGGCUUGCUGGGUAAUUUUGAGGAAUCCGUGUUAAAAGGGAGAAUUCCAGUAAACGGAACGUUAGAGGGUUUCAGAGCAGAGCUAAGUGCCAGUGGAAGCUUUUGUGGAAAGCAUGUAAUCAUUCCUGUAAAAGUCCAUUAUUUUCAUUUAUCUGACGACAACGCCCCUUCUCCAUAUUUAGGUCAUAUAAGUCUACGAAAAUUAAAGAAGAAGAAAUAUCACGUGCCAAAAAAAGGAACAAUACAACUAACAAUUUUCAAUCCGAACGGAAUGGUUGUGAAAGUAUUCGUUGUCCUUUAUAAUUUUGAAGACAUGCCAGCCAGAUCAAAAACAUUUUUGCGACAGAGAAUGAUAUCUGUUCGGGAGGACCCUAAGACGAUGGCUGAUGUUCAAUUUACACAUUAUUUAGUUCAUCUAAGUUUCGUAGCAUCAAAACAUUCACACAUAUAUCUGCACACCGAUAUUCGAAUUAUAUUUCCACAACAGACACCAGAUCGUCCUUUAUUAACAGUAACAGAAAGUCCGACCGAUCCAAAAUAUACGCCGUUACUUCAUAGACAUCGUAAAUGUGACGAUGAAAAUUGACAAAGUUGUCGUGUUUUGAUCGUGAAUAAGUCUCGAUGUCUCGUGAUUUAAAAAGAUUUUUCUCGACAAUUCCGCGAGUUGACGUUGGUUUUUAUUGCUUUUAUGUUUCUUCUUUUUUGCCGUUCUUACAAAAACUGACCAGCAUUGGUGGUCAAUUCUUUAUAUUAUUUUAGGCGUAUUUUAGUGUUUUACACUGUCCUGGCGUUAUAAAUUGAUUUUACAUUUUUGCUUUUAACACAAAGUUUGGCGCGUUUUAGUUAGCUAAAUCUUUUAUUUCGCAUUUUUGGUGUGAUGAGUAACUUAGUCUUUUCCUCGCAGAUAAUUAAAUGUUUAAGAUUUGUUGAAAUAAAAUUUUCUGCUACGUUCUUCAUUGAGUGGUGGUAGGAUAUCAUAAAUUUAGAAAUUAUUUAUCAGUUCAUUGCAUUUUAUAUCUAAAUCUUUAUUAUUGUAUGUAUAGUAGAUCUUGAAUUAUUUUGUUGCCAACUUCGAUUCCAAGACUUUUUGUAGCAACCCGAGACAAAUGAAAUUAUUACUGGUUAUGUGCAGGUUUCUUCUGUUUAUGUUGAAGCUUACUUAACGUCGAGUUCUUGCUUGGUACCGAAAUCGUUGUUGGUUUAGUUGUAUAUAAUUGAAUUGGAUUUAAAUUAUUGCGUUAUCUUAUUAUUCGAUUAAAAAUGUAUAUUUCUAUAUGUAUGUGUUAUAAAAGUUUUAGAAAAACUUUUGCGUAAAAUUUUUUUACUUAAAGUAGCACAAAGGUUUGCCAAAGAGAGUUGACGCUUCCCCCUUGAAACGUUCAGCGACUUUAACGUUCAUUCUUUGUGCUCUCUUAAAGGCUACACCAGAGUUAAAUGAAAAAUUAUUUUUUUGUUUUUAGUAUCUUAUUUAUUGAUGUUUAUAUAAGCAUAUUUUUUUAAUAUAACAUAUCAGCUCUUUAUUAGUGUGGAUUGUGGCUCAUGUUAUCUUCCGGAGCCUAUACUAAUUGCAUUGUUGUCUUAGGCUAAAAGGUUUCACUUCGGAAUUUUUGGUUUGAGUGUUGUGGUCUUGUUCAUUAAUUUAUAAUGGUGGUUAAAAAGGUUCAAUAGCUACAGAUACGAAAAAUAAAAUUUUAAAGAAUCAAUCAACUUGGAUUAAAAUUUCUUUAUAUUUUUCCUCUUUCAAGCUUUUAUUAGGAAUAAGUUUUAUUUUUAUGUAUUAGCAUGUAUUACGCGUUUUUUUAUAAGAAACAAACUCAUUGGUUUAGCCUUAAUAGCCUUGUUAGCUAAUUUACAAGGAUCUUUUCUUGACAAUCUAUGGAAUCUGAAAAUCUAUCUCUACUUUAUUCUCCAAGUAUGCUUUUUACAGCUGUCUGUUUAUAAAAUUACUUUUUUCUUCAGUAUUUCGCGAAUUAGCAAUGUUUCUUGUAAAAAUCUUUCUUGUAAUAGAAAAACGUGUAGCAUAUGGUCUAGUCUCAUUCUCCUGGGUAUACAACUAUGUUAUACGCGAAUUCAUACUUAGAGAGGUUAACCUCUCAAAGUGUUUUCUAUUUUUCGUUUUAGGAAUGUUAAAUUUGUAAAAAGUAGAAUUCUUUACGUAAUAUACUACAUGUUGAGGUGAAAAUAAAUCGCCGACUUUAAAA